GGCCCACAGAUCCACCAAUUCUUGGGGCCGAGCUCCGAAGAAACCUCCGCCGCCUUCCCAGAGCUAUGGCGAACGUAGCUCUUAGGGACGACAAGGAGGAGAGCCGCCAGAGUACCGACUCUGAUGGCUCCGAGCCGUUUCUGCGGCCGGGGGGCGCCUUCGCCGCCACCAUCUGCCUCUCGAAGGCGGCCAUCGGCGCAGGGGUGCUGUCCAUUGCCGCGCACUGCGGUGAGGUGGGCGCGGGGUUCCAGGCCAUGAGCCUCGUAACGGGCGCCUGGCUCACCGUGUGGAGCAUUGAUAUGAUCGCGCGGGUCUGCAUCGAGACCGGGCGCUGGAGCUUUGAGGAUCUCUGCGAGCUGGUGCACCCCGCCUUCGCGGCGCUCACGGGCUUCAUCAACGCCAGCAUGUGCGUCGGAUGCGCGGCGGCGUAUCUCAUGGUGGCGGGGCAAGUUUAUCAGGUCCUUUUGGACGCCGACGACAAAGCGCGGGCCCGUUUUGUGGUCUUCGUCGGGGUCUUCUUGUGUGGGCCAUUGGCCCUGGCGCGGCACGUGAGCUUCAUGCGGCAUUUGGCGGCCUGCAGCAUGGUCGCGUUGUUGUUCCUGGUGGUUUCGGUGGCCUGGUUUGCGGGCACGCGCGGCGUGGCGGAGAGCGUGACCAAGGAGAACUUUCUGGAAGGUGUGGAGAAUGCCACAGUCUUCACCCGCGUGAACUCCCUGAACACCGUGGUCUUCGCCUACACCAACCAGUUCAACGCCCCGCAGCUGCUGGGGGAGAUCUCGGAGCCCAAAGAGCUCAACAUGGCCGCUGCGGCCAGGUGGAGCUCCCUGCUGAGCUUGGUGCUUUAUAGCAUGGCCUCUGUCUUAGGGGUCUUGGCCUUCGGCGUGAACCAGAAGGACACCUUGGUCCUGGGCCUCAGCCCCGCGCGGACGGAGGCCUACGUCCAGCUCUGCUUGCUGGCGGUGAUGUUCAGCUCCCUCAUGACCAGGCUAGCACUCUUCAGUCACUGCGGGUGGGGCCAGAGGUGCUUUCAGUUCCACGUCUACCCGGUGCGACAGUUCGUGGCAUACUUGGUGCGAAAGCUCCGCGGCCGAAAGGCAACUCAGGAGAAGGACGUGAUGUACCUGGGCCAGUCGUUGACACGGUGGCUAGAUAUACUCUGCGCAUUGACGACGGUGGUUUUGGCGAUUCUCGUGGCAGUGGUCAUGACGAGCCUGCGCAGUGUCCUGAAUUUCAUCGGGGCAUUUGCUUCUUCCUACAUCUCGUACAUCGUGCCUCCGGUGUGCCUGCUCGCCCUGCGCGGGCAGAAGGACUUCUGGUCGGCUGAGAUGGCGCCUGUGGUGCUCUUCGCUGUGGGCGCCUUCUUUUUCAUAUUUGGCACCUACGCGGCCGUCGUUUCAUAGGGCUGUCGUUUUCUGCGCGUGUACAUCAAUAAGACCCCCAAAAGGGCCCAGGAAGCCGGAAAGGGCAGUUCUAGUCACGAAUCUGCCGGCGGCGGCUUCAAUCCAACCGCGGAAGUGAUGCCAAAAGGCACCCCGCGAGUUUCUUUCUUGCAGUUAUUUCUAUUCUUCUAUUCGAGGAUGUUAUUGAUACCAACCACCAAUAGGUUAUUUCUAUUCGAGCGCUCGCCAUUCGCGUGGCCUUUGCAACAUGCAUAUCCGCCCGCGCUUUGCGACGGCUGAUGGGCC